UUGAGCCCACUUCCUCCUGCCGGCUGAUACGCACACUCACAAAUAUCUGAGCACCCUGUGCCGCGGUUAUUACUGAGACUGCAGGAUGGAGAGGUUGUAGCACAGCUGCCGAGGGUGAGACCGACGACAGAGGGGUGGUGGUGCGCUUUUAGAGUGGAGAAAGACACCAGCCGUGGGUGUGUGGAUGUCUGCAGGCUGAUGAAGUUUGUCAGUGUGAACACAUGAAGGUUGAUUCGGAGCGAGCUCACUGAAGCGAGCAGCAGAUGUAUCCUGGGAUUCGUCGUCUGUAAGAAAAAGCAUAUCGUGGUUGUUGUGAUGCUGCGCGGCUCUGUUGGCGGUCGUUUCUCAGCGGUGACUCGGGGCUGAUGUCUCUGCUGGUGUUUCAGACUCCAGCCAGCAGCACAGCAGACACUGCGACACAUCUCACAGGUGUCACGAUGUGAAGCACAAAGGAUUUUGGGCAGUUUGGGCUGAUCUCAGGUGUUCAGGACGUUUGCUCCACAGAGCGAACCGUCCAAUCAGAGGCCCGAUGAGACAAGAGCGGGAUAAUCCACCGCACAGAGCGCCGAGCAGCACGCGUGCUCUGGAGAGAUGAAUGAGUCAGGGUGAAACAGUGUGAGAGCGCGAGCAGUAUGAUGGCGAUCAACAAGUCUGAAGAAGACACGAGCAACUGCAGCAUCAACCAUCAGAUCCACCAGCAGGUGUUCUCCUGCGUCUACAUCCUGGUGCUCGUGGUUGGUGUUCCUGCCAACGUGUACUCGCUGUACCACGCUGCCCUUCAGCUGAAGCAGAGGAACGAGCUGGGAAUUUACCUGAUGAACCUCACUGUGUCUGACCUGCUAUACCUGGCAUCUCUGCCUUUCUGGCUCCAGUACUUCUUUCAGGACGAUGAUUGGCGUCACCGAGAAUGGCUGUGUCAGAUGUGUGGUUUCCUGCUCUAUGAGAACAUCUACAUCAGCAUCGGCUUCCUGUGCUGCAUCAGUCUGGAUCGCUAUCUGGCUGUGGUCCAUCCUUUGAGGUUCACGGCUCUGCGCUCCAUGAAAGCAGCGUCCGUCAUCAGCGCCAUCAUCUGGCUGAAGGAGAUCGCGGUGGGCGUCUUUUUCUUUCACCAUAAGGAGCUCAGCAAAGAUCCCAAUAACCACUCGCUGUGCUUCGAGCACUACCCCAUGAAGUCGUGGGAACGUCCAAUCAACUACUACCGCAUCAGCAUCGGCUUCACGUUCCCGCUGGCCAUUCUGUUGAUUAGCUACCUGUGGGUCCUGCGAGCCGUGGGCCGGAGCGCGGGAACGCAGCCGGAUCAGAAGAUGAGGAUCAGGCAGUUAGUCAGCAGCACCAUCCUCAUCUUCCUCAUCUGCUUCUCGCCCUACCACGUCUUCCUGCUGGUGCGCACGCUGCUGGAGGAGGAAUGCAGCUUCAUCGAAGCCAUAUUUAACUACUACCACCUGUCCCUGCUGCUGACCACCCUGAACUGCGUGGCCGACCCCGUUCUCUACUGCUUCGUCAGCGAAAGCGCCCGCCGAGGCCUCUACAGAGUCGUCUUCAGACCUGUUGCCAGGAUACUCUGCUGCUGCCGUCGCCGUGGCAAUGCCAGUCCCGCCAGUCCGGCUAACGACUCCCACGAGGUCGCCACAGACGAGAACAACGGCCAGCCAAACGUGACGCUGCUCACGCACAGCAAUACGCUGAACAACGGCCAAACGGACGCCGCCUGCAGAAACACAAGUUUAAUCACACGGAUGCACGAAGAAAGCAUCAAAUCACGAGUCACAGAGAGUAACACGGCCUUGGAAAUGCGUGUGACAGAGAAGCAGAAACAAAACCCCGACAGGACGGAGGGACGUGGGCAGAAAUGAAAUGAUCAGCACGCCUCUGGGCACCAAUGACCCGCCUGCACGACGAGGGCGGGCUGUUCUCUGGGGGGGCGUCUCUGUGCUGAUGCAACAGCCCAGCCUGAGGGAGGUCAGGGUGGAUCUGAGGUCUGCAGUCUGAAAGCCCCCAUUACCCCUCUGUGGUGUCUGACACGGCGCAACAUGGCUGACAAAACGCACAUGAGGAGAUCUGAAAGACUGCAGAGUGUCACGGCAUCACUUCUAAUAAGACUUUAUCAUGUUAGACACACAUUCGCGUCUAAUAACGCGCCUGAAAGGCUCCGUGUGGCAGCGAUGAGGUUCCCGUCAAACAGUGAAACAGGAAGCAGACGUGGAAGAAAUAAACCGAACGUUUUCACCGCAGCGCCGGAACAAACAACAGGAUUUCCUGUACUUUGAUUUGAAGAACCACACGUAACAUGAAGGGACACAGGAAGACCCGACAGAACAUUAGAAACGAUUAUUGAUCAGUGAUCAGAUUUGACCCAAUGUUAACCAUCGAUUGGCUCCAGGACUCAUUAAAUGGGCCGAUUAUGACUUAAAACAAGCUGAGACUUUGUGACCCCUAACCUUUGGUGACCUGUUAGAAAGUGUUUCCAGAGUUCUUGUUAAAACGUAGUUUAUUAUAACAGUGAGUCACACCGAUGUUCCUCGCCGUCAGAUAAAUUCAAUUCAAUUCAAUUCAAUUCACUUUUAUUUAUAUAGCACCAAAUCACAACAAAAGUCGCCUCAAAGCGCUUUAUAUUGUACAGUAGAUCGCACAAUAAUAAAUACAGAGAAAAACCCA